GGGAUCUCAAAGCGCUUUGCUAUAACUUUGUCCUGGAAGGAGUCGCGCGCGCGAGGGGAUUCGGAGGCCGCUCCAUUCGUCUGCGCCCCGAGUCCUGGAACCGAAAGGGCGGGGCCCUCGCAGAGGCCAACGCCCAGUUGUGCGCCUUGGACCCACAGGUGGUGGCUGAGCGGGCGGAGGAGGCAGGAACCCGUUGUCCCCAAGGCCUGUGGCCUCUGCCUCCGCAGGUAGGAAUCAUGGAGGGCCGAGGACGAGAGGGGAUGCAUGGCUUCGCUGCACCCUAAGUGGUCGCCCUAUUGGGACAACUGUUGGUUCCUCCUGCUCUCAGUCUCCAGCGUCUUCAUCUGAGGGCUUGGGGCUGGUUGUCCUCUUCAUCACCCCCACCACGAAGUCCCCAGCUGCUCUCUUCUUUCCCCCAUGUGUAGGUUUUACCAAGAGUGACUUACACGCAGGUGACACAAGGACAGGUUGAUGGUGUUGCCUUCCUCUACCACCCCUGUGCCCACCCCUGGCUGAAGCUCCAGCUUGCUCUGUUGGCCCAUGUGUGUGUGGCUAAGCCCACACUCAUUCCUGACUCCAGGCUCACUUGGGACCGGCCCCUGGUGCUGACAGCAUGGGGGACUGCUUUGGAGAUGGCAUGGGUUGAGCCAGCCUGGGCUGCCCACUGGUUAAAGAGGCGGCGGCGGCGGCGGAAGCAGAGAAAGGGUGUGUGGCUUCUCUCUGACACCCUUUCUGGGCCCACUCCCAUGAUGCCAGCCCCCAGCAGAGGGAAGCUGUGUGGGAGACGGUGUGUACAGGCUCGGACUCUGGCCUUUGCUCUGAGGAGCUGGCGGCCACCUGGUGUAGAGGUGACAUCUAGAGGACCCAGGUGGCGGUCUCUCAGUGUUGUCAAGAGAAGGGGCCUUCGGGCUGCCCUUGGUCUCCAAACUACUCCCUCAGGCCUGAGUGUUUCCUUGGCCUCUUCAGAGAGCCCGAAGGCCCAGCAGCCCAUUUUGGGAACCUCAUCUGUGGCCCCUGUCUCCUUGAUGCCUGGGGGACCUGGAGGCGAUGAUAGGUCCAGGACAGAGGCUCAGAUGCCCAGUGGGCACGGCAAUCCAGGGGGUUGUGCCUGCCCAGGCCAGGCCUCCCCAGCUCCUCGAGCCGCAGCACCUCCCCGGGUAGCCCGAGGCCCCACUCCACGCACCGAAGAGGCUGCUUGGGCUGCCAUGGCCCUGACCUUCCUGCUGGUCCUGCUCACCCUGGCCACGCUCUGCACGCGAUUGCACCGGAACUUCCGCAGGAGCGAGAGCAUCUACUGGGGGCCCACAGCAGACAGCCAGGACACGGUGGCUGCUGUGCUGAAGCGGAGGCUGCCCUUGCCCUCGCGCCGGAUCAAGCGGUCUCGCCGGCGGCCCCUGCUCCCGCCCACACCGGAUAGUGGCCCUGACUCGGAGAGCUCGGACUGAGCGGCUCCGCCCCUCGGUGACCGCUGCCACGUGGGCAGUGCGCGGGCGCCCCCUGGCGGCAGGCGGAGAGGCCCUGGAGGCUUCGUUUGGUUGAAGAGUAUCCUUUGAGCCUCCCUGAUGCCAAUUCCUGUUUGUAAUUAAAUUAUUUUAGUAGAA